AUGAGGUUUGGCGUCUUUGAAACCGUAGAGAGCGCAAACAAGAAGUUCAUCAUUAUCAGCUACACAUGCAUUACAUUUUUUAACUCAGAAGGGAGUCUGAAUCAGCUAGGUGGUGUGUUUGUGAACGGUCGUCCUCUUCCAGUCUAUAAACGGAGGUUGAUGGUUGAACUCGCCACAGAGGGCGUACGACCCUGUGAGAUCUCCAGAAUACUGAAGGUUUCCAAUGGCUGUGUUAGUAAGAUUUUGGGUAGGUUUCAGCGCACAGGGGUCAUUGGUCCUAAAGCUACUGGAGGCAGCAGACCCAGACUCCUGACUCCUGAAGUCAUCUCCAUCAUAGCGCAGUACAAACGACAAAAGCCCACACUGUUCGCCUGGGAAAUCCGACAAAAACUGGCAGCAGAUCGAGUCUGCAGAGAAGAUAAGGUCCCCAGCGUGUCCUCAAUAAACCGUAUUCUUAAGAAGAUACAGCAAGAUGUGGACAUUGUGAGUGGUGCAUAUUCAAGUGUACAACACAGCCAUCCAGGUAAUCUGAGUUUAGAGACCACAGACCAGAUGAAUCAACAACAAUCAGACAUCAACCACCAUGGCAAUCGCAACAGAAUCGCUUUUACUUCGGAUCAAUGCCAGAGGUUAGAGAAAGAGUUCAUCCAUGAGCUGUAUCCAGACCUGCUUACCAAAGAAAAGCUAUCUGAUGAGAUUCAUCUUCCACAGGAUGCUAUAAAGGUUUGGUUCUCCAAUCACAGAGCAAGAAUGAGAAGAGAACAAAAGGAAUCACUAGGUAUGACCAGGCCAAGGCUUCUGGGAGGCACAAAUGCUUUGAUGUCUUUGUCAGAGACUCCAGAAAGCCCACUUGACUGCUAUUUAAAUAACAACAGCGCAGUGACUUAUCACAGACAAUCCACUUUUCCAGUGGCCCAUCACAUCGACAAAAACACCUUCCCAUUGGCUCAUUUGACCACAAAUGCAUUCCCAUUAGAUAAUCACACAGAGACUUAUGUGCCGCUAUCUCACCACGGAAACCAGGACCUUGGGUACCGAUUGGUUCCCUCGAACACGGACGAAAGAAUCUUCAUGGCUAAUUGCUCACAGUGGGCUUCUCAUCAAACUUUGAUUGCACAAAAUGUUUCCAUGUUUUGA